CGGCGGCGGCGGGGUGCGGACUCACUUCCACACCUUCCCGUGCCUGGAGGACUUUUGCGCGGUGCAGCGGAGCCACCGCAUGCUGGAGGAGAGCGGCUUCUACUGGGGCCACCUGUCCAGCACCGAGGCGGCCGCGGCGCUGCUCGGCAAGCCGGUGGGCACCUUCCUGGUGCGCGACAGCCGCCACGGCGGCCACUUCUUCUCGCUGAGCGCCGUGACGGAGCGGGGCCCCACCAGCGUGCGCGUCCAGUUCCGCGCCGGCACCUUCGCCCUCGACACGGCGCAGGAGGCGGCGCACUCGGCCCCGCACUUCGGCAGCCUCAUGGAGCUCAUCGAGCACUACAUGGGCGAGUCGCGCCGGCUCGACCGGGCCGGCGGCGGCGGCGGCGACUGCCGGCACCGCCGCCGCGACGGGACGCCGGCCGGGCCGCGCUACUGCGUGACGCACGACGACGGCACGCGCCUGCCGCUGCUGCUGUCUCGCCCGCUGCCCCGCCACGCCGGGGCGCCGCCGUCCAUGCAGCACGCGUGCCGCCGCGCCAUCCACCGCGCCGUGCCCGGCGAGCGCCUCGCCGAGCUGCCGCUGCCCGCGCCGCUCCGGGACUUCCUCGAGAGCUACCCCUCGCAGGUGUGAGCCGGACCCGCGGUGGCGGAGGGGGGUGGGGGGGUUGACGGGGCACGAUAGGAUGGGGCGGGUGGCGGCUGUCCCCCCGGAGGUACCCAUCCACACCCCAAAGACAAAGAUCCCCCGCGUAUCCUACUAACAGACGCCGAAUGAAGGCCACCGGCACCGUGGCACACGACGGGCUGGUGGGUGGCCAGCACCACGCCCGGCCGCCGUCGUCCCCCGCAGUGGCGACGUUUUUUUACCCACAUCGCACCGGGUGCUCAUUUGAGGGAGGAGGCCCAGGCCCCGGUGCAGAUAGUCGUCACCGGUGUUGGUGGCCGUGAGCGAGGAAUCGAACUCGGGUCGUAGCCGGGUUCGUAGCGCGGCGUGCUGGCCGUUACGCCACCCCACACCUCACCCACGGUGGAAGUGGCGCUGCCUCUCCCCGCCCCCAGAGGAGUCGGAAAACAAGACCCGGAGUUGGCCUCUGAACUCGAGGAUCGCAUCUUGGGAUUUGCGGCCGCCGGAAGUCCGCUGACAAUCGAAGCCGCACGCUGCUGCAUCCAAGACCCGAAUUGCGGCUAAGAACUCAGAAUCUGAAUUUGAAUUUGCGCUGCUGCAUUCAAGACCCGGAAUUGGUUAAUGACCUGGAUUUGGAUUCAAAUUCACGCUACUGCACCCAAGAUCCCGGAUCCGCAUAGGGACACUGGAUCUGGAUUCGAAUUCACGCUGCUGCGUUCGAGACCCAGCUCUGGUGAGUGAUCUGGAUUGGAAUUCACGCUGCUGCUCCCAAGACACGGAUCCUCAUUAGGACGCUGGAUCAGGAUUCUAAUUCAUGCUGCUGUCCACAAAAGCCAGAUGUGGAUCGGGACUUUGGAUCUGGAUUCGAACUCACACUGCUGCAUCCGUACUGCGUUCUGCAUCUGGACUUUUUGUGCACCGUGCGCAGAUCCAGACCUUGAGCCAAACUCACAAUCUGCACCUCAACUGGGAAUCGAACCCAUGUAUGUUUCCGCCCAGAGUCAAAAACAUUGCACGUGGCUAGGCAUGAAGUCAAACCCAAACACUCCUCAGGCACCUUGACCAGUAGUCAAACUCAGGCUCUGCAGCCAUAUGUGUAGUUGACUCUGCUCUUGAACGUGGAGUACAGAUAACAGAGUUGAACAUUGAUUUCAUUAGACUUGUGAGAGCGGGCUGGAGAGAUGACCAGAAGUAACCUGGUCUGGGCCAUCAGCAGCGGUGACCUGGGCCAUCUACAACAGUGACCUGGGCCAUCUGCAGCAGUGACCUGGGCCAUCUACAACAGUGACCUGGGUCAUCUGCAACAGUGACCUUGGGUCAUCUACAACAGUGACCUGGGUCAUCUGCAACAGUGACCUUGGGUCAUCUACAACAGUGACCUGGGUUAACUGCAACAGUGACCUGGGUCAUCUGCAACAGUGACCUGGGUUAUCUGCAACAGUGACCUUGGGUCAACUACAACAGUGACCUGGGUCAUCUGCAACAGUAACCUGGGUUAUCUGCAACAGUGACCUGGGCCAUCUGCAACAGUGACCUUGGGUCAUCUACAACAGUGACCUGGGUCAUCUACAACAGUGACCUGGGUCAUCUACAACAGUGAUCUUAGGUCACCUGCAACAGUGACCUGGGUCAUCUACAACAGUGACCUGGGCCAUCUGCAACAGUGACCUGGGCCAUCUGCAACAGUGAGCUGGGUUAUCUACAACAGUGACCUGGGUUAUCUACAACAGUGACCUGGGUCAUCUACAACAGUGACCUGGGUCAUCUACGACAGUGACCUGGGUCACCUGCGACAGUGACCUGGGUUAUCUACAACAGUGACCUGGGUCACCAGCAACAGUGACCUGGGUCAUCUACAACAGUGACUUGGGCUAUCUGCAACAGUGACCUGGGUCAUCUGCAACAGUGACCUGGGUCAUAUGCAACAGUGACCUGGGCUAUCUGCAACAGUGACCUGGGUCAUCUGCAACAGUGACCUGGGUCAUCUGCAACAGUGACCUUGGGUCAUCUACAACAGUGAUCUGGGUCAUCUACAACAGUGACCUGGGUCACCUGCAACAGUGACCUGGGUCACCUGCAACAGUGACCCUGGGUCACCUGCAAUAGUGACCUGGGCCAUCUGCAGCAGUGACCUGGGUCAAACCUGUGGAAAGAAAAAAAAUAAUCUGGGGAGAUCCGGAGUGUGUGUGUUGUUGUUUUUUGAAAGCCAUUACAGAAUUUGAGCGAACCAGGAACCGAGCGAGGGAUGGAACUGUUAGCCCCGGGAACUCCGCGUCAUGCGGUGCCAGCGCAGACACAUCAUCGACGGGCGUGGCAACUCGCGCGCGAUGCAUUCGUUACGGUUUUUCGAGUUGGGUUGUUUGCUUUCGGUUGUACGCCGUCACUGCUUCAGAACUCUUAUUUGACAUCAAGUAAUUCCCCCAAUUCCAGUUCAGGUGCAAGAAUUACGAGAGCACAAUGCAAGCGCACGUAUAUAAUAGCGACGAUGCCAAAUUCGGACUCCGUUGUCUGCAUCAUAUGCAGGGAUAUUUAUGUAUGUGUAACAGUUUAUAUAUUACGUUACGGUAUAGGGCGGCUGCAGCAGUGGUGUUAUGGUUUUCGCCGCACUGUGACUCGCGAUCCAGAGGUUGCCGGUUCGAUUCCACGUCCUGGCACCCUGGGCGGUUUAAACGACGUUCCUUGAAUUCUCCGCGAGCCACUGCCACCGCCGCCGGCACCACCGCUACCGCCACCACCGCCACCGCUACCACCGCUAUUGCCACCACCACCACCGCAACCACCGCCACAAUCACCGACUCCAUCUCCGCCGCCACCACCACCGCCACCACCACUGCCACCGCCUCCGUCCACCCAGCGGAGUGAAUGGGUCCGGCACGGUCGGACGGUCGAUCCAUCGAAUGGUGCAGGUCGCGUCCGGUGGGGUAAAAUGUGGCAACACGUGUGUGUGUGUGUGUAUGUGUGUGUGUAGGUGUAUGUGUGUGUGUGUAGGUGUAUGUGUGUGUGUGUAGGUGUAUGGGUG